AUGGGGUCUGAGGCGGUGAGGGUGGUGGUCAGGUGCCGGCCCAUGAAUGACAGAGAGAAGGCUCUCAGCUGUAAGAUGGUGCUGUCCAUGGAUGUGCACCACUGCCAGUGUUUCAUUGAGAAGCCCGGGGCGACGGAUGAGCCCCCCAAACAGUUCACCUUCGACGGCACCUACUUCAUCGAUCAAACCACCGAGCAGAUGUACAAUGAGAUCGCCUAUCCUUUGGUUGAGGGUGUCACUGAGGGAUACAAUGGCACCAUUUUUGCCUACGGACAAACUGGAAGUGGUAAGUCUUUCACCAUGCAAGGGGUGUCCGAGCCUGCCACGCAGAAGGGGGUCAUACCACGAGCCUUUGAGCACAUCUUUGAGAGUAUUCAGUGUGCAGAAAAUACAAAAUUCCUGGUGAGGGCAUCCUACUUGGAGAUUUACAAUGAAGAAAUCAGAGACCUUUUAGGAAGUGACACCAAACAGAGAAUGGAGCUGAAAGAGCACCCAGAGCGUGGAGUGUACGUGCGCGACCUCACCAUGCAGACGGUGCACAGUGUGGGGGAGUGCGAGCAGAUCAUGGAGCAAGGCUGGAAGAACCGGGCGGUGGGCUACACUCUGAUGAACAAAGACUCCUCCCGCUCCCACUCCAUCUUCACCAUCCACCUGGAGAUCUGCAGCACCGAUGUGGCCGGUGAGGACCACCUUCGAGCAGGUAAACUCAACCUGGUGGACCUGGCGGGCAGCGAGCGUCAGUCUAAAACCGGUGCCACAGGCGAGCGCCUCCGUGAGGCCACCAAGAUCAACUUGUCCCUCUCGGCUCUGGGCAACGUCAUCUCCGCCCUGGUGGACGGACGCUCCAAAUACGUCCCCUACCGGGACUCCAAGCUGACCCGGCUCCUGCAGGACUCCCUGGGGGGGAACACGCGCACCCUGAUGGUCGCAUGUCUCUCUCCUGCAGACAACAACUAUGAAGAGAGCUUGAGUACACUGCGCUAUGCCAACCGGGCCAAGAGCAUCCAGAACAGGCCUCGUAUCAACGAGGACCCCAAGGACGCUCUUCUUCGACAGUACCAGGAGGAGAUCAAGAAGUUACGCGCCCUCAUCUCUGGCCAGCUGGGCGCUGCCAACAUUUCAUCUCUGCUGGCUGGUCAGGUGUCUGAGGUUUCCCCUGCUGUCCUCUCAAGGCCACAGUCUACCACAGAGGCAGAGAAGGAGAAGAUUAAAGAGGAGUAUGAGGAGAAGCUGGCCAGGCUGCAGGCUGAGUAUAAUGCAGAGCAGCAGUCCAAGGCCAGGCUCCAGGAGGACAUUGCUGCCCUGCGCUGCUCCUAUGAAUCCAAGCUGUCUAAUGUGGAGAGUGCCAGAGCCAGUAGGGGGAGCUCUGUCCCAAAGAAUGAGAACUCCAGUGAUGUGACCCAAGUCCAGGACGAAGAGCUCUGCCUCAGCACUGAUCCCUUGUGCCAUACUAUUGAGGAGCCGCCCCCGACCAAGCCUGCAGUAGCUGGUACUGUGCUGAGUGUCCAGAGGGGGCCAGAGGGAGAGGGCCACAAAGAGUCAUCUGCCGUCCCCAUACCAGGCCCUCUGGACCAGAAACAUGCCCUGGAGAGGCUGCAGCAGCUGGAGCAGGAGGUGGUCGGAGGAGAGCAGGUCAGGAACAAGGAGCUGCAGCAGAGACACCAGCAGAGGAAGAGCCUGGCUGACCAGAGGAAGAUGCAGCUCAUCCAGGCCCUGUCGGAGAACAGCGAGGAGAGCGAGAACGUGCUGCUCAACGUCUAUGACUCCAUCCAGGAGGAGGUCCGCUCCAAGAGCCAAGUCCUGACCAAGAUCCAGGGCAAGCUGAAAGCAGCCAAGCUGGAGAUCCGUGAUCUGCAGGCAGAGUUUGCGGAGGAGAGGAACGACUACCUGGCCUCCAUCCGCCGGCUGGAGAGGGAGGGCCAGCUGCUGCACGGCCUGCUGGAGCGUAUGGCGCCCCUGGUGCGCCGUGACUGCAACUACAGCAACGUGGACCGCCUGAAGAAAGAGGCCGUUUGGGAUGAGGACAGCGCCACCUGGAGGCUGCCUGACGUGAUGGUGCAGAAAACAUCACUGCCUUCAGCUGUGGCUCCCCUUGCUGCAAGACUCCCAGCAGGCAGAGGCUCAGCUGCUGAUACUGGAGAGGUGUGUCAGGUGGAGGAGGACAGGUAUAAGGAGAUGCUGGACCGCAGUGACAGUGAAAAUAUAGCCAGCAGCUACUUCAAGUCAAAGAGAGCCAGCCAGCUUCUGGGAGGAGACGCCACCAAGGCACUUGCCGUCCACACUCCUCGUCUGGUCAACGGGACGGCCCACCUAACUAUGAGCGGCUCCAACAUGAGCCCGCCCGUCAGCUCGGAGUCGGUCCUGCCACGCCCCUUCCGCCUGGAGUCACUGGGCCUCCCAGUGUCCAACGGCAAGGUGAAGCGCAAAAAAAGCAAAGCUCACAUCUUUUAUGACGGGAACUAAAAGGACUGUGGAUUCUCAUGUUCUACCUACUUUUUUUCCUGCCACUUUCUCAUCGAUUUUUGACUUUAAAGACUGUGGUGUGAUCAAUCAAGUAUAAAUUAUUAACUGCUGAAUAUUUGAUAACAGGGUGCCGCGGAGGCUCACCUUAUAGAUUGUGUUCCAUGUAAUACUAAGGCUAAACUGCAGCAGCCUGGGUUUGAAUCUGGUCCAGACUCUGCUGCCUAAUGUCUAAUAAAUAUCUAAUAAACAGAAAUGCUCAAAAAGUAAUCUUUAAAAGAAAAACAAUAUUUGAUAACCACAGCACAUCAGCAGUAUAGGCAGUAGGCACUUUUCAUGGAUAUUUGAAUCCAGCCAUUUAAUGUGUUUAUAAAUCACAUUUUGAAUGUUUUUUUUUUUUUCUCCCCAAAACAUAAUCGUACCUAUGGCACUACCUAUUGCCACCAUGUGAUGUUUGUACAAUGCUUCUAAUUUUGUGAUACAUGUACUGUGUGAUUUUGAGUUAAAAAAAAAAAAAAAAAAAAAAGAAUGCACUGUUUUCUAGUUUCCAAUAUCUUUUGCUGCUGAUGGUGAUGAACUGCAAGUGUUAACAUAUUACAUUUCAGAAAUCCCUGCUCCAUUUACAUUUCUCUAUGUGGUACUGGCUAAAUCAAAUUAA